GGACUCAGCAGUCCAACUAGCGACGCGAGGAGCACUAUCAACCCUACAUCACCGUGACACUCACCUCUACAGAAGUAGACGUGUAUUUGGAAGCAUUCUGACCCUGCUGUUUCAGGACAGACCCUGAUAUACAGGGCCGAGCGAAACCCGGUGAUUGAACACUACGGGCAGGUGGCUUUUGAACCUCGAUGGACAGUGAGAACAUUCAGAGACAAAAGCAACGCCGGGUGGCAGAAAGAGACCGCAAGCGGGCCAUUAGAGCCUGCGAUAAUUGCAGAAAGCAGAAAGAAAAGUGCGAUGGAGGCGUCCCGUGCCGGAGAUGUAUGCGGCUGCACCAGCGAUGUGAAUUUAUCCGGCCGCCGAUCAGAGGAACCGAGGCCGGGUCGGACUUGACAGCUAGAGAUCCACCUUCCAAACCCCACGGCUCGAUGGGACUUGAGCAACGACUCGGUUAUAUGGAGAAGAUCUUGUCUCAUUACACUGGUAAUAGUAACCUAAAUGCAGAGACUCUUCGGAACCUAGCGGAGUCAGUUGACCAGCAACAAAGUAGGCCUAGGCUACUUGAUGUACAGUCGCAUAGCUCUAGCUGUCUUGGAGUAGACGAUGAAAGUUUCACCGUCAAGCCGCUCGAAAACAAUAUCACUCAUUACUCUGGGGAGUUCUCGCAUUGGAAUUUUUCUAUGCGAAUCAAGCAAUGGAUAGAGCAAUGUGCACCUGAUCCUGAUAGGAAUAAUGUCACACAAGAUCCAAGAAUCAAGGAGUAUUAUCGCCCUGAGGAAUUGCAGUCAUCUUCCAAUACGCUCACAUCGCUGGCCUCACUUCCACCUCGCUACAUAGCCACUUACCUCGUCGAGGCAUUCUUCAAGCAUGCCGAGACGAACUACUUCUACGUCGAACGGGGUUGGUUAAUGGGCAAGCUCAACAUGGCGUACGAAAACGCACAAUCACUUUCUAGGCGCGAUGUCGGAACCGUAUGCAUGCUGUUCAUCAUCCUGGCAAUUGGCACUCAGUAUGCGUACCUCGAUUCUCAACACGACCGCAGCAGCGGUCUAUCUGAUUCUCAUGAUCCUUCUACUAGACCUAACCCCUUCUCAGAGGACUCUGUUGGCAUCAUGUUCUACCAGCAAGCGUGCCGGCUUGUGCCUGAUGUCAUCACUAUCGCUUCACUAGAGAGCGUCCAGGCAUGUCUCCUCAUUGGUUUAUACACUUUGCCACUUGAUGCAUCUGGGUUGUCAUACAUAUAUCUAAACUUAGCCGUCAAGUUGGCUAUACAGAACGGAAUGCAUAGGAAGUACACCGGAGAAAAGUUGGAACCGGUUGCCCGCGAGACCAGGAAUCGCGUGUGGUGGACCGCUUAUACGAUAGAGAAGCGUGUUGGCAUAUUUCACGGCAGGCCAAUCUCGAUUUCGAGUUCAGAUGUCGACGCGGAAAUGCCCGUCGAUUGUCCAGAUAUGUGGCCACUGAACCCACCGCUACACUACCCUCGUAUGAUGGCGACCUUAUACUUGAACCAGAUCUUGGGGACAAUAGCUCACGAGAUAUUCAUCCUCAGAGCGCAGGCAAAAAACGAGAUGCAGGAAGGACUAGCAAAACUAGUAGAGAUCAAAGCCAAAUUUCUCAGGUGGUGGGAGUCUCUUCCCGACGACGUAUGCCAAAAAGAUGCCACUAUACAUUCCUCUGUCUGCCGUGCUAAUAUGCACCUCAAACUCGAGUACUGCCUCGUUCGCAUGUUCGCCGGUCGAUCUUUCAUCUUCCCAAAAGAGUCAACGAGAAAUAACGCUGACGUCUCUACUUCGCCCGCGGAUUCGGCACAUCCUUCAUCCACAUCCGGUCGAUCUAACCCAAGAUCUAUCCUCGUCGCCGAUUGUGUUGAUGCUGCCCUGACGAUCAUCGACACAUGUCAUCUCCUUCGAAACACCGUCGGGCUGGCACGCGCAUCCUAUACAGAGUUUAGCGCCUGUCGCGCCGCGCUCCUCGUAAUCAUCACCCAAUGCCUGCAGAAGAAGACCGAUCGACUGAGAAACUCCUUGCGCUAUGGCAUGGGAAUGAUAAAAGAAAUGGCGACGGGAGGCAAAUCUGCACGUGCAGAAGCAUCGCUCAUUGAGGCAUUCGAGCGCGCCAUAGCCAGACUGGACGCUACCGAAGAUUCGCCCGGGGCUACUCCUGAGACCGACUAUGCCCGGUUCAAACAGUGGGAGGAAUUAUGGAAAACUGAUUCAUCUGUCCAAGAGGGGGGCAACUUCUCCCUGAGUGCUUCUAUGCCUUUGCCUCCACAACCAUUCAACUUUUUGCAAGGCUUUACAAAUACGGGAAAAAAUGGCACCGGACCAGUCCAAUCUGCGGCACCGACAUUUAGCGCGGAUGGAACCUUGUAUGGCUUGCCGCAGCCCGCGGAUGAGUUCGCUUCGUUAUUGGAAUAUGGGUUUCGACAAGAUUAUAGUGCAUUGAAUCGCGGGAUGGGGAACUUUUAAAAGAUUUUGAACAUG